UAAUUCGCUCCUCCCAAUAGCGUGUAUAUUAAAAAUGGCGGAAGAACAGCAACAGCAAAGAAACCCCAGUACAAGCCUGAGCAUUAGCGAGGACCUGUUGGAGGAGGGGAGCACGCCUAGGGGAACAGAGCCUGAUGACAGUGCCCUAUUGGACAGUGCUCUGGGCGUUGGGGAGGAAGAGGAGGACGAGGAUGGAAGUUUAAGAGACCCCGACGGGGACUUGGACGGGGAAAUUAGUUUACUGGACCAGGAGGAUGCAAAGGAAACUAUACCUAUAGAGGACCCCGAGAUAGAGGCGAUUAAGGCGAGGGUAAAGGAGAUGGAAGAAGAAGCUGAAAAGUUGAAGGAGAUGCAGGGAGAGGUGGAGAAGGAACUAAUGGGAUCUAAACCAGCUCAAACUAAUAACUUUCCUACGAUGGAGGAGAAAUUGGAAUCAGACUCUCGUUCCGUCUACGUUGGAAAUGUUGAUUAUCAGGCUACUGCAGAAGAGCUGGGCCAGCACUUCAACGGAUGUGGAAGCAUAAACAGAGUCACCAUACUUUGUGACAAAUACAGUGGACACCCAAAAGGUUUUGCAUAUGUUGAGUUUAUUGAAUCAGAUUCAGUUAAAAUGGCGUUAGAUUUAGACGAAUCUCUUUUCCGUGGACGGCAAAUAAAAGUAACUGCCAAAAGAACCAAUAGACCUGGUCUAGCUGUAACGAACCGUGGGCGGAGAGGACGUGGUCGUGGCAUGAGAGGCGGUAUGAUGAUGGGCUUCAAUCCAUAUAUGGGCGGGUACAUUCCGAUGAUGCCUUUUAGGGGGCGGGGCCGAGGAUUCCGUGGCCGAGCAAAGACGAACUGGUAUGCUCCUUAUUAAAAGGUGGAGAAGACACAAAAUGGAGGAUGAAAGGAUUUCUCAGUUAUCUUUUUGUUGUUAUUGUUAACUGUGAGUGUUUAUCUCUUUGUUUCUGCUUACCACCUCUCAAAAAAA